UCAUUCACGCACCGCGGGGCCAGUGACAGCAGACGCUCCGGUGGAAGUUCAGCAGAAUCUCUGCAGCAGGAAGAAGCACCGUCCAUCUGCACCCUGGACCUCAUCUACACCAUGGAGCACAAACAAACCAUCAACUUUGGCGCUGGACCCGCAAAACUCCCACACUCUGUGCUGCUUCAAGCGCAGAAGGAACUCGUCGACUACAACGGCCUUGGCAUCAGCGUUCUUGAGAUGAGUCACAGAUCAUCAGACUUCAACAAAAUCCUCAACAAGACAGAGACCUUCUUGCGGGAGUUGCUAAAUAUCCCAGACAACUACAAGGUGCUGUUCCUGCAGGGCGGUGGGUCUGCACAGUUCAGCGCUGUUCCCCUCAACCUGAUCGGCCUCAAAGAGGACAGGUCUGCAGACUACCUGGUGACCGGCACGUGGUCGGAAAAAGCGGCAAAAGAAGCACAGAAAUAUGGCAAAGUCAACAUCGUCCACCCAAAACUGGAUCGUUACACGAAAAUCCCCGACCCCAGCAGCUGGAGCCUGAACCCCUCGGCGUCCUACGUGUACUACUGCUGCAACGAGACGGUCCACGGGGUGGAAUACAACUUCACACCUGAGACCAAUGGGGUGCUGCUCGUCAGCGACAUGUCCUCCAACUUCCUGUCCCGGCCUGUGGAUGUGUCGAAGUUUGGGCUCAUUUUUGCUGGAGCUCAGAAGAAUGUGGGUUGUGCCGGAGUAACUGUUGUGAUCGUGCGAGAGGACCUGCUAGGGAAUGCGCUGAAGGAAUGUCCCAUCGUCCUGGACUACAAGGUUCAGGCGGAAAUGAACUCCCUGUACAACACACCGCCGUGUUUCAGCAUCUACAUCAUGACUCUGGUUCUGGAGUGGAUCAAGAAUAACGGUGGAAGUGCUGCCAUGGAGAGGCUCAACAAGCAGAAGUCCUCCAUGAUCUAUGACAUUAUUGAUGCUUCUAAUGGUUUCUAUGUUUGCCCCGUGGACACGGCCUGUCGAAGCCGGAUGAAUGUGCCUUUUCGUGUGGGGAAGAAAGGAGGAGACGAAGCUUUGGAAAAGAAGUUUCUGGAUGGUGCAGCCAAAGGUGGAAUGAUAUCACUGAAAGGCCACAGGUCAGUGGGAGGAAUCCGCGCGUCUCUGUACAACGCUGUAACGCUGGAGGACACUGAAGCCCUCGCCGGCUACAUGAAAGAGUUCCUCAAAGAGCACCAGUGAAAACCAGCUGCACGUAAAGCUGCUUACUGUCAAACAGUGGCAUUUCCUUAUUUUAGUAUAGUUUAAAAACUAAACUAAAGAAAGACCAUCUGGUUUACUUGAGACCCAUUGUGGAUGUGAAAAGUGCAACUUUUGAUAUUCGCCUUUGUUUCUUUCUACUCGUUCACUGUUACCUGUAAGGUAUAAAAAAGCUAUUUCUGUUGCUAGUGACGUCUCACUUACAUAUGUUUACAUAGAAUUACUUUUCAAACUAGUUUAACUAACAAAAUUAAUUCUUGUUGCUUGUAAUUCCAAUAAAUGUAAAUUGAAGACACUUUUUCUUUAUUGUUCAGACCCUUUCUGACAGUGGGCCAUGUUUUGUAGUUUAUCACUUUGAGUGUCGGUGUCUGAUUUAUACGGAUAAACUGAGCAAUCCUGGAUGGAUCUCGAGCCUUGGGGAUUUUCAUUUAUAAGAGUUGCAAUACUGACAACAGUCAAACCCGUCAUCGUUCAGCCUUGGUUUAUUUCUCCAGAUGUUGGUUCAGCCUUAAGCUUCGCUGACAAUAGUGUUUCUUCAAGUCGGACUUAAGGACCAUAUUUGAUAAAAAAUCGUGCACAAAAACUAUAAACAUACACCAGCUGUGUGCACUGAAAAGAAAAGUGUCUGCCUUUCACCUCUAGUGGCUUAAUUAAGGCUUAUCUUGAUGCAAAAUCUUGUUACAGCAGAAUUGCAAUCUUUCAAAUA